AUGACUAGUAGUGGUGGCUCUUCCCCAUUUCUGGAAAGCCCGUUGGUAGCUUCUUCCAAGGGAAUAGCCUCUCAAACAGGUGGUUGUAAAGAUGCAGAACGGCGAUUGAUAUCGUUACAGUACAAAAUAAAUACACUGCAAAACGAUUUUGAAAUCGAAAGGCUCAGAAUGCAACAACAGAAUAACUUAAUUGACAAAAAAUACCGAGAUACAGUCGAUGAGUUGGAAAAGGCAUUAAAUGACACUAAAUACCUCUACGAGACAAACAGCAAACUGGAGAAAGAAUUGAGAGAGAUGACAGACAAAAUGGGGACCUUGAGCUCAAAAAAGAAUGUUCAAAUUGAGACUUUGUCUUCUAAACUACAUGCAUUAGAAUAUCAGUCUGUAGAUUCUCAGACGGCUCUUGAUUCAAAGUUGUCCAAAGCCGAAAAGUUAAUUGAUAAUUACAAAUUAGAGCUCGAAAGAUCCAAAAACUUGCUCAAUGAAUAUGAGGACAAAAUGUCAAGACAAACUAACGAUCUUAGGAAAUUUCAGAAAACAAUUGGUGAGAAAGAUGACGAAAUCGCAACUUUAAGAGCUUCUAGGGUUGUCAUGGCACAUCAUAAUUAUUCCACCGAAGAAUUGAAAGAACUAACAGUCACAAAUAAAAUGUUACAUGAUCAACUUAAGUAUACAAAAGAAUUGGAGCAGAAAAAUCUGCAGCAAGCCAACGAGCUCAAAAAAUUACGUCUUAACAAUGAGUCCCAGCAGUUCUGGAAGAGCGAAAAUGAUAAACUGCAAAAUAAACUUCAGCAAACCAGUGUUUUAGAAAAGCAAUUGGAAGACUGUCAGCUAGAAAACCUCAACUUGAAAUCGCAAAUUGCUUCUUGGGAAAUAUACAGUAGCGAGACAGAUCGACCUGAGGAUAUUAUUAGAGAUUGGAAGUUAGCGAAGGAAGAAAUUGUUGUACUCACUGAUGAAAACAAAAUGCUUCAUCUAAAUUUAAGCAACCUCAAGAUCCUAAAUGAUGAAAUGGCACUGGAAAGAAACCAAAUCCUAGAUUUAAAUAGAAGUUACGAAGCAAGCAUUAUCAACCUGAAGAGAUUAAACCACGAAUUUGAACAGCAAAAACAAUUGUCUUUUGAAGAGUGCAAGUUGCUGCGAAGACAAUUAGAUGAACUAUCGUCAUUCAAUGAGGAAGCAGGAUUACAAAAUGGAGAAGGAAAGGAGCUGAAAAAAUAUGAGACUAUCGUUGAUCAGUAUAAGAGCCAUACAGAUGACCUAACAGAGGAAUUGAGAAAAUUGAACGAGCAAAUGCAGUCCCAGGAACCGUCGUUGAAAAGAAAAAAAUUGAGUGACCAAACUGGGGUCAACUAUUCGCAAAAACUUAAUGAACUGCAAUUGCAUAAUGUUAAUUUGUUGAGAGAGGUGCAGAAAUAUCAGAGUAUUGAGAAGAUGCUUGAGGAGAAAGUACAAAAAUUAACAGAAAUAAAAGAGAAGAAAAUUCGCAUCUUACAGUUGCGCGAUAAUCCUCUUCUCAAAGAUCAAUUUAUCAAACGAAAACAGUUACAACUUUUAAAAGAAGAAAAUAAUAGCUUGCUUCAAGAAAUUAAGUUAGGGAAAAACUCCGAAACGGAUUAUAUACCACUGGCUGUUUACAAUACAUUGACCUUCGAAUCCAAACAGAGAGAAGAUGAGCUGUUCAAAGCUGGCAAAAAGCUAAUCAGGCUGAAAGAAAUCUUCAACAAAAAGUCGCUCGAAUUUAUAGAGGUGGUUAACUCGUUGUUAGGCUUCAAACUUGAGUUUCAACAGGAAGGUAAAGUGAAAAUAUAUUCUUGCUUCAAACCAGAUAAGUAUCUGAUUGCUAAUCUGAUUGACAAUACAUUUAAAUCUAAUUUAGACUCCGAUAUUGACGACUGGGAUCAAUUAUUAAACUUAUGGGUCGAAGAGCGAGGUCAGAUACCGUGCUUUCUAGCUACGAUCACGCUGAGACUAUGGAAAAGCUCCUCUUCUGCUAGUUGA